GCUCUUGUGCUGUUCGGCUUCGUGUUCCCGGUUUUGUCGAUGGAUUUGUUUCACGUCCCAGCUUCCCUUGGGCAGAAUGUCACUCUGCCGUGUGAAGCUCCCAGCAACAUCAACAUCGCAGCUGUAAUUUGGACCAGAACUAACUUGAGCUCACAAUAUGUUUUAUUAUCCCGGGAUGGGAAUCUUGAUACAGACAACCAGCAGCCCUCUUAUGAGGACCGGGUGAUGCUGGUGGACAUCAAGCUGAAGGACGGUAACCUGUCUUUGAUUCUGAGCAAUGUGACGAGCAGCGACUAUGGGACAUACAAGUGUUACAUAAAAGAGCGCAAAGAGGAAAAUAAAAUUAAUAAACACUUAAUCAGCGUGGUCCACCUGACCGGGCCAGUCUCAGGUGGAAAGACUGGAAACAGCACGACUGGCCAUGCUGAAAUGGAUUUUACACGAGCGAUUGUUGUUGCUGUUGCUGCUGCUGCUGUUGCUGCUGCUGUUGCUCUGAUCUGCUCAUUCAGAUGUACAAAGCAGAAUUCACAUCUGACUGUUGCUUAUGAUGCAGCUAAACAGAUGCUAAGCAUCAUCUAAACAGCAGCAGCCUCUGAUAUCUUUGGUCCUGAAUCUUCUCCGCUAUCCUGGCCAAAUUUGACCCCGUUUGAUGAAAGCAGCAGCACAUGGAUACCGUGGAGAUCUAUUCUGUGCGGCUAGCCUGCUCCAGACCAGGUGACCAGCCAGGCUUGAUAAAUUUAGUUUAUGUGUUCACCCCGUGUUAUGUCAGGUGGACUGGUCACUCCCAAAGAGUGUCAGUGAUAUCCUGGGACAGAAUGCUGUACAGUC